AAGGGGGGAGCUCUGCAUUUAACCAUCGUUAGUGUAGCAUAUUUGUUGCAAUUGUACCAAACAUUAGAAACGACUGCCCGUGAGUUUGUUUUAACUUAAACGAAGACAAAAAAUGUCGACUACAAGGGCUAGUUGUAUAGCCGCUUUUAAAAGAAAUGUGUCAUCACUCCGGACGAUGACACGGUCAAACCAGAAGCAAAACAAUGUGAUCUGAAACUACGUAGUACGAUUGUAUGAUUAUUUAAAAAAAAAAAAAAAAAAAAAACGGGAUAGCGCACACAAAUGAUCGCUUUUUUUUUUUUAGUGCCCAUUUCACUCAUUUCUGCAUAGUUUGAGGUUUCGUUUUGAUCGCGACCUGAUGCUGUGAAGAGCUGCUAUAGAUUGUAGCCGAAGGGGGUUAAGAGGCUGCACUCUUAGCACGGUGGACCUUCCCCUCAAAGCGCUGACAUUUAUGAGAAAUAAAGGGAACCAAGACUCUUGGGAUUCAAAAAUUUUUUCCUCACAAACCCCGUGGAUGGCACAGAAGAUGACAUGCUGUGGAAGCAAGAUAGGAUCACUGUUCAUUAAUGCAGGAAGCACCAGAACUGGACGAAUUCAUCAAUGAUGAGUUUGACAGUGAUGCAGCAAAGGUCAACUUUGGGGGUGCGCAUUAUACUUCAGGACGCAUAAUACUCGAGAAACUACGGGCCUCUGUUUUGGUGCUGAACCAAGCAAUGUGGAGAAAAUAAACAUCCUGAUACAGAAAAAAAGACAGGCUUUCAACUGAGCUGGUCCAGCUGCUGCCCGGCCCUGUGCCAGCCUCACAUCCCAUCACAACAGAUUACAGUCUCUGGCUGAUGUUGUCAUCACAGCGCAGUGUUAUAACGUGGGCCUUUUCUCCAGCUAAUAUCCAUGACAACAUUAUUCCUCCUGACCACAAAAAGAUGCACUGUUUUCGUGACUCAUCAAGAGACUAAGUUGUGAUUAUAGAUAAUGGGCUGUGUGCAAUGCAAGGAUAAAGAAGCUAGCAAACUCACAGACGACAGAGAUACCAGCAUCUCCCAGGGCGCAGGCUACCGCUAUGGGGCCGACCCCACACCAGAGUACUACCCCAGCUUUGGGGUCACAGCUAUCCCCAACUACAACAACUUCCACACGCCUGUCGGACAGGGGAUGACAGUUUUUGGUGGAGUCAGCACUUCAUCUAACACUGGAACCCUCAGGAGUUGUGGGGGGACAGGAGUCACCCUCUUUGUGGCACUUUAUGACUACGAAGCAAGGACAGAAGAUGAUCUUAGUUUCAGAAAAGGCGAAAGGUUCCAGAUUAUCAACAGCACUGAAGGGGACUGGUGGGAUGCUCGCUCGCUCACCACUGGUGGCAGUGGUUAUAUUCCCAGUAAUUACGUGGCUCCCGUGGAUUCCAUCCAGGCUGAGGAUUGGUACUUUGGUAAACUGGGUCGAAAGGAAGCUGAGAGACAGUUGCUUUCCACUGGGAACGUACGAGGUACUUUCCUCAUCCGGGAGAGUGAAACCACAAAGGGUGCCUUUUCUUUAUCCAUACGGGACUGGGAUGACGUGAAAGGCGACCAUGUCAAACAUUAUAAAAUUCGGAAACUGGACAGUGGCGGCUACUACAUCACCACCAGGGCUCAGUUUGACUCACUACAGCGGCUGGUUCAGCAUUAUUCAGACCGUGCCGCCGGUCUCUGCUGUCGCUUGGUGGUUCCCUGCCAUAAAGGCAUUCCCCGCCUUGCUGACCUGUCAGUCAAAACCAAAGAUGUGUGGGAGAUCCCGCGGGAGUCGCUGCAGCUGAUAAAGCGUCUUGGGAAUGGGCAGUUUGGGGAAGUCUGGAUGGAGAGUGCGGAUGCAUUGUGCUUUAAAUUAACUGGCGUGUGUGUGAACUACAUUCCCGACACUGUGGGCUUGAGUCAUGAUGCCUGGGAGAUCAACAGAGACACUCUUGAAAUGAACUUCAAGCUGGGCACGGGAAGUUUUGCUGAGGUUUUUUAUGGAACAUGGAACGGCACCACAAAAGUAGCAGUGAAGACUCUGAAGCCUGGAACUAUGUCCCCUGAGUCCUUCCUAGAGGAGGCUCAGAUCAUGAAGAAACUCCGACAUGACAAGUUGGUGCAGCUGUAUGCUGUCGUGUCUGAGGAGCCUAUUUACAUUGUCACAGAGUACAUGGGCAAAGGAAGUCUACUGGAAUUCUUGAAGGAUGGAGAAGGGCGAGGGUUGAAGCUGCCAAACCUUGUGGAUAUGGCUGCCCAGGUGGCAGCAGGCAUGGCUUACAUCGAGAGGAUGAAUUACAUCCACCGAGACCUGCGCUCUGCCAACAUCCUGGUGGGAGAUAACCUGGUGUGUAAGAUCGCCGACUUUGGACUUGCCAGACUCAUCGAAGACAAUGAAUACACAGCUCGGCAAGGUGCAAAGUUCCCCAUUAAGUGGACCGCGCCAGAAGCUGCGCUGUAUGGGAAGUUCACCAUCAAGUCAGACGUUUGGUCUUUUGGCAUCUUCCUAACAGAGCUGGUAACCAAGGGUCGAGUGCCUUACCCAGGCAUGAACAACCGCGAGGUGCUGGAACAGGUUGAUCGGGGCUACAGGAUGCCGUGCCCCCAGGAUUGCCCCAUCUCGCUGCAUGAGCUGAUGUUGCAGUGCUGGAAGAAAGACGCAGAGGAGCGGCCCACCUUCGAGUACCUGCAGGCCUUCUUGGAGGACUACUUCACAGCCACCGAGCCUCAGUACCAGCCUGGAGACAACCUCUAAAAGUUCUUUCGUUCUGGCUAGGCUAGAGCUGGAUGCUGGGGGGGGGGGAGAAGAGACAAACUGGGAACAUCCUGGAGUUGCCAUUGUUUUACUUUUAGGGGGUGGGGGUCGGCAAAGCUUCUUUCGCUCAACUUGAUCAUUUCAUUUCCGAGGCCGUCCUAUUGUACCCCCUUUGCUCUAGGAUGAUACCAGGUAGGUCUGGAGUCCGGGUUUGGAAAUUGCAAUGCAAUACCUGUAUUCAGUGUAAAUAAUUUUUUGUAGUUUGCAUGUUUGCAUCAGUUUAAGAUGUAUUCAUCUGCCAGAAAUGAAGGUUAAGAACCAUUUGGACAUUUUACUUGUCUGUGUAUAAUUCCUACAGAUGACGUUAAAACCCAGUUUUGUUUUUUUUUCCCCAUCCUCCACAAAAAGACUUUACGUUGUGCUCUCACAUCCUCAGGCAGUUUUGUUUUGCUUCCCUGAGAGGGUUUGUUGUUUUAUACCUAGUGCUGUAUGUAUGGAAUUAGGUUACAGUUUUUUUCUUUAAAUUAAACAUGAACAUGUGCAGAUUGGACACAUUUUCAGAAAGCAAGUGGAAAAUCAUUGUUAAACAGUUGGGCAUCCUUUUU